AUGGGAGGACAAUGGGAGGAUGGGAGAAUGGGAGAAUGGGAUGACAGGAGGAUGGGAAGACAGGAGGACAGGAGGACAAUGGGAGGACAAUGGGAGGAUGGGACAUGGGACACGGGAAACAGGACACAGGAAACAGGACACGGGACACGGGACACGGGACACGGGACACGGGACACGGGACACGGGACACGGGACACAGGACACGGGACACAGGACACGGGACACAGGACACAGGACACAGGACACAGGACACAGGACACAGGACACAGGACACAGGACACAGGACACAGGACAACAGGACACAGGACAACAGGACAACAGGACAGUGGGACACAGAACCAUGGGACAUGGGAAAUAGGAAAUCAGAUAAUUGGGAGGAAGUGUAUGAGUCAAUAG